UUGAUUAUAAUUUUCAAUGUUGGUUUUAUUUUGUAUAUUAUAGCCUUGCGUUUUAUAUAUUUUUGAUCUCUGUAUAAUAUAUUCAUAAAUAAAUAUUCAAAAUGGCAACUGAGAUCAAUUUUUAUAAUUACAAUCCUUUUACUAUAACAAUUUUGCUAAUUAAUAACACUGACGUGGUAAUCAAUGAGUUGCUAAAGUCUGCUAAUUUCAGUCCUUCCCGAAACGACGGGACACCUGUCAAUCAAUUCGUGUCGACAAGAGCAUGGUUUGACGUUUACGAAACGACUGGACUGGGAAAAACUGAAUAUGAGUCUAAAAUGGACUGUGUGAUUCAAAUCACGCAGCUGAUGAAAGAACAUUUUGGUAUUAAUUCGAAUUUGAAUUUGCACAAAUUGCAAACAAACACAAAUUGUUUCAGCGAUUUGCCGUGCGCUAUUUACGCUGCAGAGAAUUCGUCUAUGUUUUCAAAGGAACAAACCCAAAAACUCGGUAUCUUGGGAUAUUUCUUGGAUACAGGCGACACGAAACAGCCUUUAGAAAUGCUUUAUGAUAUAUCUAACAUAAUGAUAACGCGGCUAAGAAAAACCAUAAAGUUCAAAAACGGUAUGCAUGUUUACAAACAUUUUAUGUUUUUGUAUUGUUCGACAGGACUGGGACCAACUUUAGAAGCUGCGAAAAUUAAUUCCGCUGAGAGAAUGAUCUACACACUGAAAAAACUCUGCGGUUUUGUACCGGAGUUUAAAUUACCGAAUGUGAACAACCCGGAAAACGACAGAAAUGAUCGUCAGUUAUGGAUGUGCUUGCCGAUCGAUGACCAGUACAAAAUAAAAUUGAUCAGAUACUUUUUGGAGACAUCUAGUGACGUGUCAGACACAGUGCAACUCAAUGAAAUCGCAUUUAUGUUGAAUGUGAUCGUAAAGUAUGCAGACUCAGGAAACAAACACAAACUUGGUGUGGCAUGCAAAUUUGGACCUUACACUACGGUCGGCGAGGGGUCUACGAAAAUGGCAAGCGUGUUCAAAGCGCGGUCGGCAAUGUUGGAAAAACUGAAACUAGAGUGUGGAUUUGUGCAAUAUCCUCGAAAUUUCAUACCAAUAGACUGCUUACAUAAUAUGGCCCGUGAAAACUGUGAGAAAAACUACGGUUACAGUAGGCAUAACAAUUAUUCUGACUGGGGCUUUCUGGGCGUGUACCCGUCGAACGGAAAUACUCCGUCCGAACCACUCGAGAGUGGAGACGCGAUGAGGAAUCCCACAGACACGAUUUCAACUCCUUUCGCAAGAGCUCGAGAAUCGAUAGAAGUCGUCGUGCAAGAAGGCGUAAUAGUGAGAGGAACGUUUAAUCCAAUUAUCGAACGGGACCAUAUCUACAACAGACCUAUACGAAAUUUAAGUAGUCCAUACCAAGAAAAUUCCAAUUGAUAAGUCACAAACUAGACGUAGGUCAGUGAACACAUUUAUUAUGACGUAUACACGUGUUAUUUUAUGUGUAUCAACUUACGACCGACUAUUUUAAUGUGUAUACAUAACUAUUACAUUUUUUACGAUAAAGUAUAAUGUAAUAUUUACAGUAAAAAAUAAACACAUUCAUUUUACUA